UUGGCUGGCCAACCCAUUUUGACUUUAAUCUAAUUAUGAAUGGUUAUUAAAAAGGUAAAAUGCAUAAACAGCCUUUUAAAAUUGUGAGUAAGUCAAUUGUAAGCUGUUAGUAGUUUCGAGGUGUCCAGCCAGCCCACUAUGUUGAACCUUCCCCAAAAUUGAUACAUACAGAGUAAAACCCUAACCCUAAAGCCAAAAAAAAACCCUCUUUGCCAUCACCGGUGAAUCCUAUAACCGAAAGGGAAAAAGGAAUGAAUGAAACCUCCAUUGUUUUUCUAAAUCUCUAAAAGACUUAAGACCAUCAUCAAUGGAGAUGGAUUCAUCUGAAGAUAUCUCCAAAAACGCCGAUGAUACGUUACGCAAAGUGACAAGCGGUCCGUUGCCAUCUACGGUUGCAAAGCUUUCCGGUUCUUCAAGAGGAAUUCCCACCGAUAGAGACUUUCAUUUCUACAAUAAUUUCAGCGAAUUCAGAACACCCAUUUCAGAAAUCGACAAGAAAUCCAAGGAAAUCUUGGAGAAAGUAGGGGCAUUAUCGGAAUUAUGGGGGAAAUCUAUAUCUCUUCCGGAUGACGAGGAGGAGGCCGGUGAAUGGCUGGUGAACAUAAACGACGACGUUUUGGAGAAGCUCGCCUCGUCGUUAGAUGAGUUUAAGUUGGUAAGGAAGGAGGAAGAAGAGGAGACUGGAGUGAAGAUGAUGGAAGAUUCCGAAAGCGGGGGGUUCCAAUUGGUGGUUGGUCGGAAGAAGAAUAGGAAAGUAGAUAAUGCAGCAAAUGUGGGGAAGAGUGAAGAUAAGGUGAAAGUAGCUGUGAAAGGGAAGGCAAAGAUUCCAUUUCAUAUACCCACCAUCCCUAAGCCACAGGAGGUGUAUAAGAUAAUUGUUAACAAUACAAAUCAGCCAUUUGAGCAUGUUUGGUUGCAGAGGAGUGAUGAUGGUUCCAGGUUUACACAUCCUCUGGAGAAGUUUGCUCCCUCGGACUUUGUUGAGAGUGCUGGUGGAAGCAUUGAGCCUGUUAAACCUCCUCCAUUAGAGAUUACUCCAUUCAAGCUUGUGGAAGAGGUCAAAGAUUUGAAGCAGUUAGCAGCCAAAUUGCGGUCUGUGGAUGAGUUUGCGGUUGAUUUGGAGCAUAAUCAAUAUAGAUCUUUUCAAGGAUUGACAUGCUUGAUGCAAAUAUCCACUAGAACGGAAGAUUUUGUUGUUGACACUCUGAAGCUCCGGGUUCACAUUGGUCCACAUUUGAGAGAUGUUUUCAAGGACCACAAGAAGAAAAAGGUGAUGCAUGGUGCUGAUCGAGAUAUUUUAUGGCUUCAACGUGACUUUGGGAUAUAUGUCUGCAAUAUGUUCGAUACUGGCCAGGCCUCAAGGGUUUUGAAACUGGAAAGGAACAGUCUGGAAUACCUGCUACAACAUUUGUGUGAAGUUACAGCAAACAAAGAAUAUCAGAAUGCAGAUUGGAGAUUACGCCCGCUUCCUGUUGAGAUGAUGAGAUAUGCUAGAGAAGAUACGCACUAUCUCUUGUACAUUUAUGAUGUUAUGAGGAUGAAAUUGCUCUCUUCGUGUGCUGAAAGUGAUGGAUCUCCCGAUACUCCUCUGGUGGAGGUGUACAAGCGCAGUUAUGAUAUAUGCAUGCAGUUGUACGAAAAAGAACUUUUGACUGAUACCUCAUAUCAGCACAUAUAUGGAUUACAAGGAGCUGGCUUCAAUGCGCAGCAGCUUGCAGUUGUUGCUGGGCUGCAUGGAUGGAGGGAUGUUAUUGCCCGAGCAGAAGAUGAAAGUACUGGCUAUGUGUUGCCUAACAAACCACUUCUUGAAAUUGCUAAGCAGAUGCCUCUUACCCCAAGCAAAUUGAAGCUAUCAAUGAAAUCAAAGCAUCCGUAUGUUGAGCGUAAUCUUGGUUCUGUUGUCAACAUCAUUAGGUACUCUGUUCAAAAUUCCGCUUCAUAUGAAGCAGCCGUGGAACUUCUCAAGGAAAGGCGCCUAGAAUUACAACCUGAAGAGAACAUUGUGGCUACUGAGGGUGCUGAAAUGUCAGUUGAACUUACUGAGCCACUAAAAGCAACAACAGGGACAGAAACUUCAAAUGUUAAAGUUGGUUCUAGUGGACCCGGUGACACAUCUGAACGUCGUAAUGAAUGUGGUGGUUUAAAAGCUACUUCUUCGGGACAGGCGGAAGUAACUAUUCAGGCAAUUAAGAAACCCAGUCGUGGUCUUGGCAUGUUACUAGGGAGUACAGCAAAGAGGAAGCUGCAUCCUGAUAGAAAAGAGCCGGAAGAUAUCCAAGUGCAGCAGAUCAAGGCUUCGGUGAGCCUUCCAUUCCAUGCAUUUUCAGGACAGGAAGCUGCAACAAGUCCCGCUAAACCAUUGGAAAUUAACCAUAAAGAGGAACCUGUUGCUACCAAGUGCAAGUUAGACAUUGCAACCCUGGAGAAUGAUUCAGAUGCUGGGAAAUCAGUGAAAGGUGAGCUAUCAACAGGAGAACAGUAUAACUCCUUUGCCAUGCCGGUAGCUACUUCAAAGUUAGAAGAUGUUAUCUUACUGGAUACUGAUUCAGAUGUUGAGGAACCAGUCAACGAUGAUUCACAAGUUACUGACACUGCAAAGCUUGCCGAGAAACCACAAGCACAUGAAAGUCAGUUGAAGGUUCAGCCUUUUGACUAUGAAGCGGCGAGGAAGCAAGUGGUAUUUGGAGAAGACCCAGGUAAAAAACAGCCAGAAAGAGAAGGUGAUGAGUUUCGUAGGAGUAGGAAAGAUAAAGGUGAUAAGAAGGAUUUAUUAGUAGGUGAGCCACCAAAGAUUGAAGGGACAGCAGAGUUCCAGCAAGGCAGAAGGCGUCAAGCUUUUCCAGCUUCGGGGAAUCGAAGUUAUACUUUCCGUUAGAGGUUGAAAAGUUGUACUUUCUGCAACAAUAAAUCCUGUUUAACUCAGCCACCUACUGCUAAUGUUUCUCUAUCGCUCCCUAGGCCUCACUUUAUUCGUGCACUUCGGUGCUCGUCGUUUUCCAAUAGUUCAAUGGCUGCUACUGGUACUCGAACUGGACGGUUAAGAUCCAUUCGUUGUCUAUCUGGUAUAUGGAUCCUUUAAUGUAUUUUUGGAGAGCUUCGGUGCUCAACUCUUUGUUUGUUUCCCCAUUGUCGAGCUGAUCCUUUUUCCAGUCA